AUGGUGAAACUUCAGUGUGGUGAUUUUGAACCAUUAGAUAAUGACAAUAUUCUGUUGGGGGAAUUACAGAAGCCUCACUGUGGAUUGGACUGUCUGAAAAUCUCUGAGUUUGUAAGAUUACAAAAUCACCCGAGGAAAAACAAAAUUCCCAAAAAACCCAUGGCUUGGCGCCUCCUCCUCUCCUCCAAAAAACCCCAAAAACCCUUGCAAAAACCCUUCAUUUCCUUCUUUUCAUCAUCCCAUUUCGAAAACCCUAACCCUAACUCAUCAUCUUUCCCAUUAUGCCCUCCAAUCAACAAAAAGCGAAAACCCCCCAAAAAGCCCCGCAAGAGAAAGGACUCUCCGCGCACCAAGCUCGUCCAGCACGAAUCCCAACGCAUCCAAGCCUUUGAGCGGAUCGUUCAGCGCGACACACUCUUCCGGUUCAUCACCAGGACCAAAUCCUUCCUCUCCAACCAGCCCGAUCACAUUCUCCUCCUCGAUGAAGCCGGAAAGCUCCACCGCGAGCUCGGCUUCCCCCGCGGCCGCAAGGUGGCCCGCUCCAUCGAACGGCAUCCCUCCCUCCUCCAGCUCUACCGCCACACCGAUGGCAAGAUCUGGCUCGGUUUCACUGACUUAAUGGAAGAUCUUCUCCAGGAAGAGAAUUCAAUCAUGGAUGUGCUCGAGCAAUCCCGCGUCACGACUGUCCGUAAGCUCCUGAUGAUGUCUUCCAAACACCGAAUUCCCCUCUCCAAAAUCCACCACUGCCGUCACCUCUUCGGCAUUCCUGACGACUUCCGGGACCGUGCUCUCAAAUACCCUGACUACUUCAGGGUCGCGAUUGACAGUGGUGGGACGCGCGUCCUCGAGCUUGUCGAGUGGGACCCGUUCCUAGCUGUGUCUGCACUCGAGCGGGAUUUUGUCCUGGAUGAGGAUCGGGUCAAGAGGACGUUCAAAUUCGAGGUGGCCCAUCGAAAAUCUCUGAAUUUGGAUGACGGGGAUAAGAGGAGGCUUGACGAGGUCUCGACACUCCCACUUGUCUCGCCAUACUCAGAAGGCUCGGAUUUGAAGCUGUGGUCGGUGGAGGCGGAGAAGUACCGGGUUGGGGUCCUGCACGAGUUCUUGAGCUUGACGUUAGAGAAGCGGGCCUCAAUACAUCAUAUCGUGGAGUUUAAGGAGGAAUUCAGCCUCACAAAGCAUACUUAUCAGAUGCUUAUGAAGCAGCCACGGGCAUUCUAUUUGGCGGGUACAGAGAUGAAUUGGACGGUGUUCUUAAGGGAUGCGUAUGGAAACGAUGGGGUCUUGAAAGUGAAGGACCCACAAGUGGUGUUCAAUGAGAAGAUGUAUCGGUUGGCCAAUAUGAAAGGAAUGGGAUCUGAUAUUGAUAUUGAAGACUGUGGAUAGUAAGGGCACUGACUUGGGAAGUGGGUUUUGGAAUGGAAGAAUGAUGGGACAGGUUUGAAUGCAAUACUGUAUUCGCUAAUCAGGUAUGGCAACCGAUUUAUACUUUACCAGAGGAACUCUUCUUAAGUGAACAAAGCCAAUGAUACACCCAGAUCCAUAGCUCAGGUGGUAGACUGAGUGAAAGUUACCUCGUUUCAACACUGAGGUCUUGGCAUCGAUUCCCUAGUGGGGGUGGCUAACGGUAAAGUGUGAUCUGACUGUGCUCGUACUAACAAGCUAACAAAAAAAAAAAACAAAAACAAAGCCAAUGAUAAUUUCAAUCAUGAUUCGGAACGUACUGCUGGUAUGACGAUUGCUCGUGUUUGUGGCCAUCUGUUCUCCUAGCCAUUGACAAUUUCAAUCAUGAUUCACAACAUACCGUCUGGUUUGACCAUUAUUCA